AUGGCGCGCACCGGGGGCCUCGUGGGGGCGUCCCUGCUGGGCCUGCUGCUGGGACUAGCCCAGAGCCUGCCCAGGGUGGCCGCCGCCGACUGCGACUUCCUCGGCCAGGCAGAGCGCCUGACGUUCGCACCUGCAGCCAGGACCCGCUGGCUGACCCCUCGCGUUCGGCCGCCGGGGCCCCUGGACCCCCUCUAUGGCACCGUGCGUCGCUUCCUCUCGGCAGUGCAGCUCAACCCGUUCCCUUCAGAGUUGGUGAAGACCCUGUUAAAUGAUCCAACCUCCGUGAAGGUGAAUGAGGUGGUGCGGUAUGAGGCUGGUUAUGUGGUAUGUGCUGUUAUUGCCGGCCUCUACCUCCUGGCCGUCCCCACCACCGGGCUGUGCUUUGGCUGGUGCCGCUGCCGCCGUCGCUGCGGAGGUCGCGUGAAGACGGAGCACAAGGCCAUGGCCUGUGAGCGUGGCACCCUCAUGGUCUUCCUGCUGCUGACCACCCUCGUGCUGCUGGUGGGGCUGGUCUGUGCCUUUGUCACCAACCAGCGAACCCAUGAGCACACAGGCCCCAGUGUGGAGGCGGUGCCGGAGACCCUGCGCAGCCUCCAGGGCCUGGUCUCCAAUGUGCCUCAGGAGCUGCAGGCUGUGGCACAGCAAUUCUCGCUGCCCCAGGGGCGAGUCCUGAAGGAGCUGGAUGGUGCCGGAGAGCUCAUUGGGAACAUCCUCCACAGUGGGCUCAGCAGCACGGUGUACUUGGCACUGGCCUCAUUGCACAGCCUGGGCCAAGCCCUGCAGGUCUUCACGGAUCACCUCCGAGCCCUCAAUGACACCUUGACAGAGCUGCAGGGUCGGCAGGAGCCCCUGGAGUUGGCCAUGCGCGAGCGCCGGGAACACCUCCUAGCCUUGCUGCAGGAGCCCGGGUGCCAGGGCGACUGCCCACGGGCCCUGGAGCAGGCCCACACCCUGGAGCUGGGUGCUGACUUCAGCCAGGUGCCUUCCAUGCACACUGUCCUGCAUCGUCUAAGGGGUGUCCCGGAGGCCAACUUUUCCAGCAUGGUCGAGGAGGACAACAACACCUUCAACGCCCUCCCACUGCUGGCUGGCAUGCAGAUGGCCAACACAAUCAAAGAGUUGAAGGAGAUAGUGGCCCAGGAGCCCCAAGGACUGAGGACCUUGGCCGAGGGGUUCCCAGGCUUACAGACAGCCUCCCAAUGGAGCCAGGCCCUGGAGGACUUGGAACGGAACAGCCGCCCCUACCUGCAGGAAGUGCAGAGAUACGAGACCUAUAGGUGGAUUGUGGGCUGUGUGCUGUGUUCCGUCCUCCUGCUCAUAGUGCUGUGCAACCUGCUGGGCCUCAACUUGGGGAUCUGGGGGCUGUCUGCUCGGGAGGACUCCAGCCACUCAGAAGCCAGGGGCGAGGCUGGAGCCCGCUUCCUCAUGGUAGGUGUAGGCUUCAGUUUCCUGUUCGCUGCACCCCUCAUCCUCCUGGUCUUCGCCACCUUCCUGGUGGGCGGCAAUGUGCAGACCCUGGUGUGCCAGAGCUGGGAGAGCGGAGAGCUGUUUGAGUUUGUAGACACACCGGGAAACUUGCCCCCGUCCAUGAACCUGUCCCAUCUUCUGGGCCUGCAGAAGAACCUCAGCAUCCUCCUGGCCUAUCAGCAGUGCAAGGAGGGGGCCGCGCUCUGGAAGGUUCUGCAGCUCAACGACUCCUACGACCUAGAGAAGCACCUGGAUGUAAGCCAGUUUGCUCAGAAACUGCAGCAGCAGGUGCAGGGUCUCAAAAUGGACAUGCAGGAGCUGGAUCUGCUGACUCCAGCUGCUCACCGGGACCUGGAAGCCCUGAAGAGCAGCGGGAUCGAGAGCAUCAACUACCAGGACUUGCUUGUCCAGAUCCAGAAGCCCGUGGUGAAGACCGACACGGAGCAGUUGGCCCAGCAGUUGGAGGCACUGGCCCAGGCCCAAGUCAAUCCUGGGCUGGGGCAACAGCUGCAGGAGGAAGCCCAACGACUUAGAAAUCUCUAUCAGGAGAGGGUCACCGUCCAGCAGAACCUUGUGGCCAAACUUACGCUCAGCGUCAGGGCCCUGGAGUCCUCCACCCCAAAGCUUCAGGUGUCUGUUGCCGAAGUCCUAAGCAACAUCACUCGUCUAAAAGCAGAGCUGCCUGCCCGGACCAACCACAUCCUGAGGAACGUCAGUGCAUGUUUCCUGAGUCGGGAGAUGGGCUACUUCUCCCAGUACCUGGCCUGGGUGAAGGAGGAGGUGACCCAACACAUUGCCACCUGCCAGCCCCUAUCCGGAGCUCUGGACAACAGCCAUGUGAUCCUGUGUGACAUGAUGGCUGACCCCUGGAAUGCCUUCUGGUUCUGCCUGGCGUGGUGCACCUUCUUCCUCAUCCCCAGCAUCAUCUUUGCCGUCAAGACCUCCAAAUACUUCCGUCCUAUCCGGAAACGCCUCAGCUCCACCAGCUCCGAAGAGACGCAGCUCUUCCACAUCCCCCGGGUCACCUCCCUGAAGCUGUAGCACCCCCCUGGCUGGGCAAGGUGACCCCAGGACUGCCCAUCUGUGUCCCCACUGAUUCGCCUGGACCCCAGGACGUCUGUAGCUCUCCAGAGACGGCCUUCCCCUCCCUGCAGCCUGCCCAGCUCCAUUUCGCCUGCUCCUUUCCACCCUGUUCUGUAUAUGCUCCGCCAUCCCUCACCACUGCAGCCAUCACACUUCUGUUGAGCUAGUUGAGCUACGGAGCUGCAGCUUCUUCCUCCAGGUAGCGCUGGGUCAGCACCAGGAAGGACUGAGCUCUACCUCGUGCAAUGUCAUCCUGGGUGCCUUGGGAGGGAGAGCAACCCUGCGCAAGGCUACUGCAUCUUGCUCUGUUCUUGUCCUGCCAGGCCUCCACUGUCCCUCUCCAUGUCCACCUGGCCCUACUUCCCUGCUGAGUUUCCCAGGGAUCCCUGCUGGGCCAUGUAAAGCCAUUGAGAAGGCAGGGGCCAAUGGGGGCUGGAUGUGAGCUCUAAGGGACUCCAAGCCUUCUGCCACCCCGGGCUUGAGACUUUGGCUGGCCCCAGCCUAGGUUUAUUGCUUCCACCCCAACUCGGUGGGCAGGGAGGCCUGUCUGAAGGCUGGGCCACCCUACCUGUACCCCAAGUUAGGAAGGGGCCUGGAACCCUGGGCUACAGUGAGGGUUCUCCCCUCAGCUCCCCAGGGACCGGCAUGUUCCCAUCAUGCAGGUAUCCUGGGAGGGAUCUGGUGGCCAGAACAGGCUGUUGUGUUCCCCCUACCCUCCUGUGCCUGUAGCCUGGCUGGCUCUUAGAAUGUCCCUGCGUACUAUCCCCUGACUUCCAUAAAUGAGGAAGAGAAAGGGGAGAGAAGAGAGAUGGAUAAACCUGGGGUCUGUUUUGAAAACAUGCGCCACCCUGUGCCUUGGGUUUGGGUGCCUAGAGCCAGGCCUGUACAGGCGGUGUUUAAUGAGUGUUCAUGGAGAGAAUUCCGAGGCCUCCUGGCUGCAGGAACCAGGGCUCCUGCUGGCCAGCAGCUCACCUGGCCCUCUUGUUUAUUAACUGGCAUCUCUUCAGCAUGCUGUGUUGAAGUCUCCCCAACCUGUAUUAUGUGAGAACAGUUCCUGCCUCCUCACUGAGGGCUGGAAAUGAAAUGUGAUCAUGUGUGGAGGGCCCUAGCUCAGAAUGCUCUGUGGAUGGGAGCCGGACGGAGCCAGGGGUAGAAAUAGGAACCAGGCAAGCUCAAGAGAAGAGGGAGCUGGAAGCCCUUUCAGAUUGUCUUUAAUUGCACUUUGUAAAUCAGCAACAAAUUUCCGCUAGGAAUUAGGAUGCCACCUACACAAAGUCUUGUCACUGCUACAAGUGCAUUCUCAAGCCAGCAACCUUGAAUGGAGCGCGAUUACCUCUUCAGCUUUUCCCAGUGGGGGGGUUUUCACUUGUUAUUCAUCUGUUGACCUGGACAGGGGAAUUAGUACCUGCAGGUUCUUUUUAUUUUUUUUUUA